AUUCUAGUCCAUUUAUGUACAAAAAUGUCGCACAUCAAAAUUGUUGAAAACGCAUUUCCUCGCAACACGAAACCAACUUCUUGGCGGUCGAGUGAUUUUUGAGAAAAGAAACGUAGUGUCCGACAUUACAUAUUAUUAUUAGUUUCUACAAAUUUCAGUGAUUUGAAACUAUAUAGUUAACGAAAUUCGGUUGCCGCAGCUUUUGUACACAAUCUGUGUAGUGGAUAAAAAACGAAAGAAUCACAAGCAAAUUAGCUUUUUCCAAUAGAAUUCGCAAAACCUCCACAAAGGUGGUCUAUUCAAGAUGGCUGAUGUGAAUUUUCAGGCAAAAACUCGACACCAAGGAUACAAAAAUAAAGGGAAAGAUCCCGAUGAGAUGCGAAGACGGCGAAAUGAGGUGACCGUCGAAUUGCGUAAAAACAAACGCGACGAAAUUCAUCUCAAACGGCGUAAUGUGGACUCAGCUGACGAAGACGAUAUGCUCACAUCGUUAAACCUACAGAAAUUAGUAGAAAAUGCUGGCAAUACGCAUGAUCCCGAUAAGCAAUUGGCUGCGGUUCAAGCAGCACGGAAACUCCUAUCUUCCGAUCGAAAUCCUCCAAUCGACGAUUUGAUAAGCAGCGGAAUUUUACCGAUUUUGGUAGCGUGCUUAGAGCGCAACGAUCAUUCAAUGUUACAAUUUGAAGCCGCCUGGGCACUGACCAACAUUGCGUCGGGAACAUCCGAACAGACGAAUCAAGUUGUUAGAGCCGGUGCGGUACCAUUGUUUCUUCAAUUACUAACAUCCCCUGCUCCCAGUGUUUGCGAACAGGCUGUGUGGGCGUUAGGUAACAUUAUCGGCGAUGGACCACAUUUGCGGGAUUAUGUGAUCAAACAUGGUGUCGUGCAACCGUUACUCACGUUUAUCAAACCCGAUAUUCCCAUAUCGUUCUUAAGAAAUGUGACAUGGGUCAUUGUCAACUUAUGCCGGAACAAAGAGCCACCGCCACCGACACAGACAAUCUUGGACAUUUUGCCCGCAUUAAAUGUGCUAAUCCAUCACACAGAUGUGAACAUUUUAGUGGACACAGUUUGGGCAUUGAGCUAUUUAACCGACGGCGGCAAUGAACAAAUCCAAAUGGUCAUCGAUAGCGGUGUUGUACCAAAAUUAAUACCAUUGUUAGCUCAUGUUGAAGUGAAAGUGCAAACGGCUGCGCUACGAGCUGUCGGCAACAUCGUAACCGGUUCCGACGAACAAACACAAGUAGUUUUGAAUUGUGACGCUCUAUCGUAUUUCCCCACACUGUUGAGCCAUCCGAAAGAGAAGAUCCGAAAGGAAGCCGUUUGGUUUUUGUCAAAUAUCACAGCCGGCAAUCAGUCACAGGUCCAGGCCGUCAUUGAUGCGGGUUUGUUGCCGAAAAUUAUUGUGAAUAUGAGAACCGGCGAAUUUCAAACACAGAAGGAGGCAGCGUGGGCAAUUAGCAAUCUCACAAUAAGCGGCAACCGGGAACAGGUUGCCCAAUUGAUCAAAGACGAAGCUAUACCGCCGUUUUGUGAUCUGCUGACCUGCAAGGACACACAAGUCAUCAAUGUCGUUUUGGAUGGUAUCAAUAAUAUGCUGAAAAUGGCUGGACCUCAUGUCGUACAUAUUGCCAACAUGAUCGAAGAAUGUGAAGGCAUGGCGAAAAUUGAGGAACUGCAGAACCACGAAAACAUUGAGAUUUAUAAAUUAGCUUACGACAUAAUUGAGCAAUUCUUUUCGGACGAGGGUGACGAAUCAAAUAUCGUUCCAGUAGCUGGUGAAAGUGGUUAUCAAUUCAAUCAAACCCCGAACAUACCAACAGAUGGAUUUAAAUUUUAAUGAUUGUGUGACGAGGUACCAUGGCACAAAGCAAACAACUACAACAACAACAACAAAAAAAAAUAAUUUACAGAAAAAAUAUUUUGGCGGAUAUUUCCUCUAUAUUUGUAUUCUUAUUUCUUGAACUGCUGACGACGCAAAAAACAACACAUUUUCUUUCCUUUCACGUCGUUGAGCAAAACUUAUUUAAAAUGAAUAAAAUAAAAAAAAAACAGUAAAAGAGACACAGUUUAAAACAGAAAAAAAAAAUAUUUAAAAAAAACGUUGCCGGUAGUUUUGCAUAUAAAAACGUUUCUUUUUUGUCUUUUAGCUUGUUCCUCCAGCGAACAAACGCAAAAAUCGUUAAAUCUACAAAAGAUAAAUUUGUAACAUAACCUUCACUUCAGCUACAUAAUUAAAACAAAAUGGAUGAAUCGACAUUGUUGGACCCGUACGAUAAAACAAAAAAAAAAGAUCCAUCGGUUUUGCGAACAUAAUUUUUGCCAUUUCUCGUUAUUAUACAAUGGUAAAUCACAUGUUGGAUAUAAAGUGGAAAAAACGAUCGGGAAUUUUAUGCUAGUCUGUCUGUUCAAAAUCAAAAAAAAAAAGUUUCGAAAAUGUUCUUGCUAAAAUGAAAAAAUUCUAGUUAAAUUGCUAUAAAUGGAUGGACAAACAGUGUUUUUAACAAAAUGAAACGUAAUAUGAUGAAGGAGAUGAGUUAAGUGGAAAAUCAAAGCUUAAAAGAUUUAAUUUUCUUUCUAUUUUUUUUCGAAAUUAGUGUAGUCGUACGGGUCUGUUAUUAAUUAAUUAAUAAUUGAGCCUGUCAAUUAUACUUUUCUAUUCUUUCUCGGUAUUAUAAAUUUUAACAGAAAACAGCAGAAAAAAUAAAUUUUUAAUAAGAAAAUGAGAAGCAAGUUACACUUUUAGCGAGCUUGUUUAGAUUUAUAUUAACUAAUUCUUUAUUUCCAUAGACUGGCGGUUAUAUACAAACACAUUUCGUUCGAAUUCGUUUUUUUUAUUUUUAAAUAAAUUAUUGAAAUCAUUAAAAUCAAUUGUCAUGUCUUCAACGAUAUACACAAAAUGAAAAGAAAAAUUUAAUUAUAUCCAAACAACAAAGAAAACAAAAAAAAAUUAAAUAAAAAGAAAAAUUUGUUUGCAAUGCAGAGCUAUUUAAUUUUAAGAUCGAAAAAGAGAAAAAAUAUUUGUUUUGUACAUAAAUAUUUAUACAUAGAGUUGCCAUUCAAUUAUUGAUUUCUUUUUUUUUCUUUCUUUAUUUAGUUAGAUUCAAUCAUUUUCUUGCUAUUUAAUAUCUUUUGUCCUUUCGGUUCGGAAGAGAGAGAGCAAAGGAAGUGAGAGGUUUUUUUAUUUA